AUGCAACAGCUGCUGAAUGGUGCUGUUGAUAUUUUUGAGGGAUGGGAUGCCAUCCAGAGGGAUUUGGACAAGCUGGAGAACUGGUCCUGUGUGAACCUCAUGAGGUUCAACAAGGCCAAGUGCAAAGUCCUGCACUUGGGAGUUGGCUUUUCCUCUUCUCAGGAAGGACCCAUAAGUUCGGAGUGCUUGGGGAACCUUUUGUGUAUAACACUGAGAGCAGAAUACUUUGAAGACAAAUACUUAUCUUUUUCUGUGGUUGAUCAAUCUGGCAUAGCCUGGGAGCUAGAUGACACCAUGGCAUCACAGUGUGGCUACAGAGUAAUGUACAGCAAGUGGAGUAACAUUGAGUUUCAUGCUUCUGCACUAAGCUGCCAUUCUCACUUAGAGGAGGAUGUGUUCAUAGUGACAAUACAAAUCAAAGCAUCCUAUACUCCUGAUAUGAAAAAUGCUACAACUUAUAUGAAAAGUGCAAGUUGCCAUUAUGGUCCAUGGAGUCCUAGGGAGUUAGUAUGUGAAAGUAACUACAUGGAGGUUUCCAUCAGGAGGGCAGUUCCACAGACUGUAGAAAGUUUUCUUCAAGAUGAAGCUGAGGACAGGACUCUUGCCUCUCCAGAGGCAAAAGCAAAUGAAGCCUCAAUAUGGCAAAUAGUGUUUCAUCAGCCAGAAGAAAAAAAAGCUCUGCUUGUGAGAGAUGCUUGGAGAGCAGGCUAUGGACUCAACAUCACAGACACCAGGGUUCUGCUCCGAGUGCCAUACACUGCUGAGCAAAUUCAGCUGGUCAAGGAUCGGGGAAUUAAUUUUUCUGCAGUGAGAUCAAGUAUACUUUACAAGCAGGGAUGGGUGAUCCUGAUGGUGGAUUCUGCGGUGGCAUGUCCUGUAGAUGGUGUGGACUAUGUUAACAAAACGAUCAUCUGGACUGUUCCAAAAUACACCCAACUGCUCUCUGCUGGAGCUACAAGAUUUAAGGAUGUGUGUGUUGAAGCUGGUGUGGAUCUACACAAACUUUCUGCCAAAGAAAUGGCUGCCAGGAAAUAUGUUUUAUUGAAUGACUUAAAUUCAAUUACAAUGAAGAUACCUAUAGGUGCAGAUGGUGGCUACUACAAGACUUCUGUGAGCAGUGGACGAUGUGGGGCAAAAUAUGCCAUCAACCUCUUCUUGGAACAUCAAUGGAAAGACAGCAAAUGGGGACUAACCAAACAUACCAUCAUCAAGGAGAUAGAAACACCAUUUGAACAAGUAGAAUUUGCUAUAACCAGCAAUUCAAAUCUGAGUGCAAGGCUGAUGAAUGUGACAGUGGGAAUGUUCCUCCCAGAUGUGGAGCUUGUGAACUUAAGCACUGAGGGAGCAAUUAUUGCUGUACCUGAUGCUGCUCAGCAUGGAUAUCUAACAUAUGAGAUCAGACAUGCUAAUGGAAGCAAAGCCUAUGUAAUACAAGUCCCAUUUGAUGCACCAAGCAUUAAGAAGGAGUAUGUGAGCCCAGGCAUCAGAGCAUACACCCUGAAUGUCACACUUGCAUUUGUGACCCAUCCAAGAAGUGAGACCUUCACUGUCCCAGUUGUGAUAGUGUCAGCAGUUAAAGAUGCAGUACUGCCCAGUGCAAGAGGAUUUUGCCAUGAGAGGAACUUUCAUGUCAUUAUCACUCAUGGGAAUGUGGACCAAAACUGGCUGCCCUUCAUCUCAGACUGGCACAUGACUCCAGAGGCUGCACAGAAGCACAACUACAGCCUGAGGGACAAUGGCACUCACCUGACAAUCUCUGUCCCUUUCCUUUCUUCCCACGUGAACUAUGAGGAUUUUCAUACUUCUGGAAUAAAAGCUUCACUCCAUUUAACCUUGAAGGAUGGCAUCACCUUGGCUAAUAGGAGGGACUUCUCAAUUUCCUGCAGAUUUUCUCCUUCAGAGCUCAUACAGUGUCUGCCCAAUGGGUCAGUGGUUAUUACUGCAAUAAAACUGGCAGGAGUUGCAGACCUGGACACCAGCUGGCUUGUCCUGAGAGACAGAAGGUGCAAACCAAGCCUGGUGACAGAAAAGACUGCAACCUUCAGCUUUGACUUGAACACUUGUGGAACCAGUAGAAAGUUCAAUAGCACAGUUAUGGCAUAUGAAAAUGAUGUACUCUAUUACAGACCUGGCAACAAUAUACCAGUUUACCAAUUGAAAUUUGUAUGCUGGUAUACAAUUAAGCAGACCACUGAUGUCCAAUAUGAAUCUAAGAAGAACUCCCCACCCAGUAUUAAGCAAGGGUUUGGCUCUCUUGGUCUUUCAUUAAAGCUUUUCAAAGAUAAAUCUUACUUGGAGCACUACCAGGAAUCAGAUUAUCCUGUGGUAAAAUACCUGAGAGAGUCACUGUAUUUUGAAGUUGAAUUGCUCCAGCCUAAAGAUGAGAGACUAGAACUAAACCUGGAUAACUGCUGGGCUACAAACUCCCAAAGCCAGGACAGCCUUCCCCAGUGGCCCGUUCUUAUACACGGGUGUGUAAACAGCCAAGACUCCUACAGAACUGUCUUCCAUGAAGUUAAUUACAGCCUCAGAGUAAAAUCCCCUCAACACCUAAAGAGAUUUGAAGUGAAGAUGUUCACUUUUGUACAAGGCACAACUCUGUUACAAGAGCAGCUCUAUUUCCACUGCAGUGUGGUAAUCUGCAGCACUAUGCAACACUCUCCAGGCUUUCUUUGUCCAAGGAGAUGCAAUCCUGGGAAACACAGACUUGGUGAAUAA